AUGCGUCGCACCUCUGCCUGGGUUGGCUGGGCGCUGUGUUUGUGCGCAUCUUUGUCCGUGAGCGCGCAGGACUACCCCGAGGACGACGAGCUGAUCCUGGAUCUGAUCCGUGAGGACAAGACUCAGCCUGAAUCCGGAGCCGAGCCCGCGGCCGAGUUCCUCAGGUGCAACAAGCCAGCAUGGCGCGUGCCCGGUCAGUACCUGGUCAUAAUGCGUCAGGGGACGCACGAGUCUCACGUGCAGAGGAGCAUCAGGAGGCUGAGAGCCAGAGCGGCCAGGAGAGGCUUCCUGCUGGAGAUCCUGCAGACCUACUCCGGAGCUGUGCGCGGCUUCCUGGUCAAGAUGAGCAGUGACGUCCUUCACCUGGCGGUGAAGCUCCCUCAUGUCCACUACAUCGAGGAGGACUCGUCCAUCUUUGCUCAGAGCGCCCCCUGGAACCUGCAGAGGUUACUGCAGCCUCACGGUGGCGCCUCUGAAAAUGGAACAUACCGACCCCCCAAUGAUGGAGGGAUGGCGGAGGUGUAUCUGAUGGAUGGCAGCGUGCAGAGUUCUCACAGAGAGGUUGAAGGGCGAGUGCUCAUCACAGACUUCAACAACAUCCCAGAGGAGGAUGGAGUCAGAGUUCAUAGACAGGCGAGUCAGUGUGACAGUCACGGCACACACAUCGCCGGGGUGGUGAGCGGGUCGGACUCUGGUGUCGCUCGCGGUGCUGGUGUAAACCUGGUGCGUGUCCUCAACUGUCAGGGGAAAGGGACCGUAUCCGGGGCUCUGGCAGGUAUGGAGUAUAUCCAAGCAACUUUACAGUCCCGUCCGGUGGAUGCAGUGGUCGUCCUGCUGCCUUUCAUCGGUGGCUUCAGUCAGUCAUUGAACGCAGCCUGCAGGAACAUGGUGGCCAGCGGCGCCGUGGUCAUCGCCGCCGCGGGGAAUUACAGAGACGACGCCUGCCUCUACUCACCUGCGUCAGAGCCUGAGGUCAUCACGGUGGGGGCCGUUAACGCAGCGGACCAGCUCAUGUCGCAGGGGGCGGGCGGCACCAACUUCGGCCGCUGCGUCGAUUUGUUCGCACCUGGAGACGACAUUGUUAGUGCCAGCAGUGACUGCAACACCUGUUUCACCACCAGGAGUGGAACCUCUCAAGCUGCUGCUCAUGCUGCAGGUGUGGCAGCAGUGAUCCUGUCGUCCAAUCAGAACACGUCACCGGUGCAGGUCCUGCAGAAGAUGCUGCAUUACUCCAUCAGCAACACAAUCAACCUCUUCCCUCUGUCUGACACACAUCGUCUCACCACUGCAAACCUGGUGGCAGCCAUGCCUCCCGCCAACAGCACAACCAAUGUGGAACUUCUGUGCCGCUCCGUGUGGUCAGAGAGGUCAGGGGUCGCGAGCACCAACAGGGCCGUCAGUCGCUGUCGUCAGGGGGAGGAGAUGAUGGGCUGCAGCAGCUUCGCCCCUGAUGGUGUCCAUGUGGGAGAAACCAUCGCUGUGAAUGGUGAGCGAAUGGAGUGUGUCGCCUAUAACCGUCCUGGGGGUGAAGGUGUGUACGCUGUGGCCCGUUGUUGUGUGAUAGGCGGCCUGCGGUGCCAGGCCCAUGCCAGUCCUGAGCCCGGGCGAGAUGCUGAGUGUGUCGGCCCACGGACCCACCUGACCGGCUGCACGUCCCGGUCCCCUGCUGAGGUCUCGUCCAACUCCCGUCCUCAUCUGGGUGAUCGGAGGCGGUGUGUGGUGAAGGACGGGGUCACGUCACACGCCGUGUGCUGCCACGCUCCGUCUCUGGAGUGCCACCUGUUGGAGAACAUGUCAGCUGAUAAAGACCAGGUGGAGGUGUCCUGUCCCUCCGACUGGACUCUGACUGACUGUAACGCCGUCUCUCAGGGUUCUGCUCUCUUGGGGCCUGUUGCUAAGGGCAACAGUUGCCAUGUCCGCAGUGCCACAGGAGCUGAUGGGGUGGCAGGCAUCGCCGUGUGCUGUCGCGUCAGACCAGCAGAGCAGCCCGCCACAGCUCCUCAGUGAUCCGGUCUCACACUCUGACGUCAGCUUUGGGAUCUCUCCUGCACAGGAGUGUUGGUGUCUUUGUGUGGUGUCCUGUAGGUCCCUGAACGCACCUCAACAUCCAUGUGUGACUGAAAGCCUGUCGUCUGUGAAGCUGCUGGUGUGUUCCAGUCGUAGGAUUAGGUGAAAGUCAGCUCCAGUUUCAUUAAUGUCUAAUGUUGCCUCGUCUAGUAAAACUCAUUUUCAAACCACAAACACUUUGUUAAAUGUAACCAAAUAUUUUUGUAUUUUUUCAGAUCAAGAUA